AUGGGAUUGGUCCUAUACGUUUCACCAAUUGAGAAUAUUGGUGUAGAUUCAUUCAAGCGAGACGUGGCAAUAAUGGAUACAACCUGGACUGUUAUUAAAUUAACACUUUGGAAUGCUUUUGCGCACGUUCUUGAUGAAAAUCUUAAUCAUGUUGAGAUUUGUCCAAUCAUUGUAGCAUGUGGUCUGCAUGUCAAGAGCUUCUAUGGUACAUAUCUUUCCACGGGAUACUACACUAGGAUUUAUGUUAACCCAGUUAAUGAAAAAAAAACAUCCUUAUCUACAUGGUAUACAUCGGAAAAACUGGCAAGGAUAAGGAGAGAUUGGUUUCGUUCAUCGACUUUUUCGCUAAAGUCAUCGAUUGAUAUUUCUAAUACUCCCCGUAUCCGAUUAUCUCAAUUUCCAACUGUGAGAAAUGUACAAUACUGUCGAGUUGCCGCAUAUGCAUGUCGUGUUGAUGAUGUUAAUAACGUCAUUUAUGAAGCAUGCAAUCGUUGCCUAAAAAAGGUUGCCAUUUUUCAAGGACUAUUAAAAUGUCAAUCUUGCAAUAUCAACAACACUGUAACUAUCCCAAGGUUGCUGCUUCGACUUACCAUAUUUGAUAAAAGUGGUAAUUUGAAAGUCACGAUAUUACACGAUCUUGCACAAUACCUUUUAGGUUGUUUAGCUACUGAAGUAAAAUCAGUACUUCAACAGCCUAACGGACGUAAUCGAGUGAUGGAAAAAGUAUUUGCAUGUUUCGGAAACAGAGCUUUUUCAUGGGUGCUACAUCCACCAACUGGAGCUUUUAAUCCUGAACAUUCGUAUACGGUUGGUUAUGUGUUACAUAUCGAUUGGGCGGAGGAGUGCAUGUGGUUAAACAAAUAUAUUGCGAGCAAAAGAAGAAAGUGAUACUCGCUAUUUUGUAUGUUUAAUAACUAUAAGUUUAGUACUUCAAAUUUGGUUUUUCGAUGGGAUGUGUUAGUUGUAUCAAAAUAAUGUUAAGUUUUUUAAAUAGCUUUAAUUGGUCAUAAGAUUCGAUCAUUCGUCAUGUAAAGCUACGAGUAUUAUAUGACCUCAAUAUCACAAAAUAUGGACUUUGCGAAUGAUUUUUAGUGCCAAUUUUUUUUAAAAUUCCGCACGCAAGAAAUAUUAGGCACAAUAAAAUUUCUAAAAUGCACGCACGCAUCGCUUGCAUAAAAUACUAGUUAUUUAAUAAUCCAACCUUUGUACCCCAAUAACUUUUAUCGAACCCAAAUGACCAGAAACCGGUCAAGAAGGUCAACGUUUUUUUAUAUAACUUUUUUUUUGUCCUGCCUUCUUCCUCCUCCUUUCUAUUGAGAUUUCCUCUUUCUUUGUUCUUCUACACUUCGGUCACGGAAGACCACCAUCAUUGCCGACCCUUUAGGCCCUAAUCACAGAUAGAAAACACCCACAACAUAUCAAAAUUAAUACCAUAAGUCCAUAACCACGACAACGAGUGCUCAUAUCGCAACUGACAACCCAUUUACCGCAACGAGUCAGACCACCAAUUUUCUGCCUCCCCCUUCUAUAGUUUAUAAAAUUUCCAUCAACCUCAAUAAACCCAGAUCAAAAGAUAAACAAACAUGCAUGUCAAUACAACAUCCAAACCAAUUUAUUUAUAAAAAACCCCCACGGUAAUACACUAAUACCAUUCAAAUUAGCUGGAUAGAGAAAAAGGUGAGGAGGGUGAAAGAGAGUUACUAAGAAAACAAAAAUGGCGAGGUACAUAUAUGAGUGUUCUCGAGUCGACUCGGCUAUGACUCGUACCUUUAGAAAGCGAUUUAAGGGGCUUUAAUUACUGACUUUGGUCAUGUUAAGUGGGAUGAUUCAAGCUAAUGGUUGCGUGACUUUGAUGAAUCUCUUCACUCUGAUCCAUUGAUGAAUUUAAGAUUUUGAGACUCAAUUGAUGAAGAUUAAGAUAAUAGUGGUGGGAUUUUAGUAAGGGUGGAGGAGGAGGAUGGCGGAGAAAUAAAGAGGAUGUGAAUAUGUGAUCAUGUGCGGCGGGAGGAAAAAGAGAAGGGGGGUCUGAGAAAUUGGAGAGAGGAAGAAAUAACAAAACCAAAAGGAAUAUGAAAGAAAAGAAAAUAAGUUAAAAUAAAUAAAUAAACCAUAAACCAAUGGUUGCAUGACACGUGUAUAGGUUACCGGUUAUAUCGGGUUGGUGACCUGUUGGGUGCAAUAAAAGUUAACGGGGUAUAAAGGUUG